UGUUUGCUCAGUUCCAACCAAAAGAAACUUCUCUGCACUCGUGGAAGAAAAAAACUGGGGGCUAGAGAGGAGAGAGCCCCUGCCACUUUCUCUGUCCCGUGCAAGAAAGGUUUGGUCAGCAGGAGCUGGCAUUUGCCAAGCUCUGGUACUUACAAGAGGCUGUGAUGUCAGCCAUUUUAGGUUGGACAGUACAAUGCGCGAUACGCCGCCAUUUUUCUUAGUUUUUCUUUUUAUGUUGCCAUAUCAAUGGCCUGGAGUCCAAGAUACAGAACUGAAGGAGAUAUAUUCAUUUAAAAAAAACACAGAAAUAGGUUCUCAUUACUCAGGAUUGUUUUUACACAUUUUUGGUCUGUCAUUCAGCCAGGCCAUAGAGGAAGGCUUUGGUGAACAAUAUAAGAUUGUGAUGGAUGACAUGAAAAUACAUUUGAACAGAACAAGAGAUGCUUUGGCAGUGUACAUUAUACUGUAUUGCAAUACCCCAGUCCUCAGACCUCUGUGCCAAUUUUACAAGACGACACUGACAGGAUGUCCUUUGCAAUGUAUAUAUCACACAUUUGUCUUUUAUGAAAGGACUGUCGUCACAAACACUUAAUCAGUAGAGUGGACUGUGCAGUCGAGCAGGUAUUUUUGUAUUGUCGUUGUGAGAAGGUGUCUUUACCACUGGCCAACCCAACCACAAUGGUCCGGAACAGCUAAGCCAAGACUGGCAUUUUCAAAGAUGGCACAGCAGGAGGAUUAACUUUGUCCUUUGCCUGGCAUAAAAGGUUCCCAGUGAACUGCUAAAACAGUCUAACCCUAACUCAUCGUGUGAGAGGAGCCCCAGAAGCUGAGGGCAAACAUGAAGCAACACUGUGAAGUCAUCGCGGCUGGCCCAUGACACUUAAACUCUCAGCCUUAUCCACAAACCACUCGCCCUCCGUUACCAUACGGGACAACCAGUCAGUCACCCAUCAUCUGCACACAGCUACAUUACAAUGGCCAGCAAAAGGAAGUCAACAGUGCCCUGUAUGAUCACAUCCAAAAGCAAACACAUGCGUGAGGAGAUCAUACUUGGCUGCCUUCCUGAGCUCCUACCCACAAUCCCAGAGGACAGCAUCCUCAGUAUAUCUGGAGAAGACAGAGGCCAUUUCUCCCAUGAUUCCUCCAGAUCUGAAAGGGGUGACAAAUGGCAGAAAGGUAGCACAUACAGCUGCACACCCUGCCGCUUUGAGUCCAGAGAGCUGAACUACUUUUUGGACCACCUGCACAACUGCCACAUAGACUUCAGGGCCCAACCCUGCUUCUCCUGCCUGAACUGUGGCGUGUCAGUGGUCAGGUUUGAGGCCCUGGCCCUGCACAAUGCUAAAGCACACCCUGGGGUGUCAGGGGGCUCUGUCUCCGCUUCCCUGCAUGUCAGUAAGAGAGAUGGUGCGACCACCGUAGAGCAGAGUCUGUUCACCACCAAUGGGGAGGACUCGAGCGAUACUGCAAUCUUUCUCACUAAAACACCUAUAGUGAGGGUGAUGAAGGCCAAGGGAGAACACAAGAAGAUUGUGGUUUCCCACACGGUGGAGGUGCAGAGGAUAGACACUGGGAAGAAAAUGGAGCGGACAGACCCCACCAUGUUGAUGAAUAUGCCUGAACUACAAAAUGGGUCUCUCAGUGGGACCGGUGGUGCUGCUAUGUUGAGAAACCCUGUCACUCAUGUGAUAACAACAACAGUGCCCAAUCAAACCUAUCACCAGCACAGCUCUCCCACCUUCUCCUCCAUCUCAGAUUCCAGCAAAAACCUUCCAAAGGUGAUGAUUCCCCUGAGCAGCAUCCCCACUUAUGAUGCUGCCAUGGACACCAGCAGCUUUCUCAAGACUUCCUUUGGUAAGUUCCCCUACCCGACCAAAGCUGAGCUCUGCUACCUGACUGUGGUCUCUGAUUGGCCAGAGGAGCAGAUCAAACUGUGGUUCACUGCCCAGAGACUCAAACAGGGGAUCAGCUGGUCCCCCGAGGAGAUAGAGGAGGCCAGGAGGAAGAUGUUCAACACGGUCUUCCAAGGAGCAGCACCCCAAAAACAGCCCCCCAAGCAACGGCACACAAAUCAUAUUGUGACCCAUCACACUGUCCAUGCCCGGCCUGCUCCAGUGGGCCCCAGCCACCAGGCUGCCAAGGUGACCCAUGGCAGUGUAGUGAGCAGGCAUACUGGAGUCAUAUCCACUUCGGCUAGCAUGUCAGCCGCUGGUCACCCGGUCACCACUAAGGUCUCUUAUGCUACCCCAACCAUGAUCCCCCCAAAAUAUCAGACUGUAGUCAGCAGAACAACACAGGUAGUGGCCAGGAACACUAUCCCCACUACUGUGGCCAGCCAGGAGUCUGACAAGACUGUUGCUCUGAGGCUGGGAAACAGUUGUGUCAUUAGCACCAGCUGCAGAAGCAGCCGUAACAGUACUAGUUGCAGUAGUAGCAGCAGUAACAGUAGUAGUUGCAGUAGUAGCAGCAGCAUCAGUAGUAACUCCUCCAUCAGUAGUAACGACAGGGACCAUGGCACUAGGAAACCAAUGAACAACAUCAGUUCCAGCAACAGCAUUGUCAGUUGCUCCUCCAACAUUGGCAAUAAAGAUGACUGGAGCACUGACAGCCAUGACAAACCAAACAAUCAAAGCAGAAGACAUAUUAGCAUUGCAUCUUUCUUGGAAGGCUUCAGCAACAGCAGCAACAAAGGUAAAGUGAUCAUGAGUAACACCAGCAAAUCUAACGUUAUCGCCUAUAACAUUCAUAGCAAUGGAAACACAGCUAACCAGGAUCAGUACACAUCAACAAAGAGCGAUGAUGACAGUAACAACAACAAUAUCCACAAGUCCAAAAAUGGCAGUUUUAGCAGUGGCUACUCCAGCACUAGAAAUAAUGACAGUGUCAACAACCUGAACCUUGCCAGCAAAGCCCAAAACGAAAACACCAGCAUCAGUGUCAUUACCAAAAGCAGCAGUAUCAGCAACAGCAUAUCCAUCAUUAAGGAUGGCAAAUGCAUCAAGGAGGUUCCUAUGAAAGCUUUUUCAGUCCUGCGGCAGCUUAUCAAAGAGGAAGACCAUUUUGGGGACGACAGAACCUGCCCUGAACUAAAAAUUGACCCCAUCAAGAUCAACCUGCAGAGGCUCAUGGUGAGCGAUCCAGCUGCCAAACCUGGUUCAGAGGCCUUCCCUCCAGAGCUCAAGUCUGAGACACAUGUCUCAGACCGGUCACACCCAUCCAAGAAAAGCCCCCAGCAGGUGCACCUUUUGAGGCAGGCAUUCACCAGCACACUGUGGCCCAGCAGCCAGCAGUAUGAGGAGCUGAGUAUCAUGACGGGCCUGCCAAAUCCAGAGGUGGUCCGCUGGUUCAGCGACAGCCGCUACAUCCACCAGAACGGCCAGCUGAAAUGGCUGGAGGGCUACCAGUGCCCACCAGUAGAGGGAGAGGAAGGAAAGGGCCACAGAGACUCUGAAGCAGGGGCACUGAUCAAUCCCCAGGAGGUUAAUAGGAAACUAGUGGAACUGGAGGUGAACAAGCAGCUUGAUGAAGGACCUAAGGAGCUCCACUCGGGGCAGCUGGGAUUCUGGUGGGGCGCAGACACACAGAGGCCACUGCUGAGUGCAACAGAGCCAGAGGAGACUGGGGAGAGAGGGAGAGCUGUGGAGACAGAAGAACUACAUGGUCACUGGGCAGAGAGGGAGGAAGACCACCCUCAGCUGGUUAGCAGUCAGGCCUUUGGGGAGAAGCAGGCGGAGGCCAGGGAUCGUCUGAGGAUAGAGCUGCUUGAAGUCUGAUGGAGUGGCCCAAACGUACUAGAGGUACAGGAUGGGUUGGCUGUCCGGCUUUACAGAUGGCCAUGGUCUGGUGUGUUCAUUAUGACAGCAGAUGUGAUUGUUGCUGGACCGUUGGACUGUAACUGUGAAUACCCCCCCCCCUUAUACCAUCACUUCCUGCCAUCCUCUAAAGAAAUAACUUCUCACCAUUGAGUCCUGUGAUGUUCAAGCCUUUCUUCAUGCUUCUUUGUGGUCAUGUGGUGAAUAGGAUGAUGUAUGUAGAGGGCAGUAAGACAUGAGACAGAAAGGAGGCGCACACUGACUGGACAACUGACUUGAGGGAAGAUGGGAGAGGGAUGUACAGUAUAUGAUUCAAACUGCACUAUAGAGGGUUUUUGUUUACUGGACAAAAUGACAAGUGUCUAGGAGAUGUUAUUGUUGGCUUUGUGAUAUUUUUUACUUUUUUUUAGCAACCUGUACUUCACUGUCUUGAAUUUUACUUUUCUCUGUAAAACAUUUUUUUCCCUAUUCCUACUCUUCUUCUAUAGUCACUGUAAGUCCAGAAGCAAUUGAGCCUUUAGUUUUAUUUAGCUCUGUAUAAAUGUUGGUGAUCACUUAACAGUUCAGCUAUACGCAACAGACAAUACAAUGGACUAGCAGACAGCAAUGCUAAAACCACACUGCCCCAGCGUAAAGAUAUUGGCAGAGCGCUAACAGAAUCAAUACUGCCCUGGCUUCAUCUGCAAACCCAAACAUAAAAGAAGCCUGUCAUGCAAACGUUGCCUUACUCAGUCUGUCCAUGCAUUUAUGACUGGUCUGCCCAUCACUUAUAGCUUUCCAGCUGCUGUGAUGUUGAGAUCAAAACAAGGUGCCAGUGCAUUAGUCACUCAUGUGAUGGUCUACAUCUAUGAAUAAAAAAAAUAUGCUGCUUCUGUAUUCUUGGAAAAGCUUAACAUUCAGCUGUAAUAAUAUCAAAUAUCAUUACUGGCAAAUGUUAUAAAAUAAAGGUAAAUUUGAUCAAAUUACCCUGGAGGACACAGAGGUAGGUAUUGUGCUAGCUAGAGAGCCAAAUGAAGAGAUCUUUUCACUCUACUGAAUUUUCAUACAAACGUAGUCACUACAUAAAUCCUACAAAGCUGCAUCUCUAAUAAGCUGCUAAAUAAGCGAAGAACGGUGCUAUACCAUCCAAAUUGGAGGCGAUCUCCUACCAGCAGUGUAUGCACUUGUGAAUGUUACCAAUUUAUUUUGGUUAGAAAAAUAAUGAAAACAAAUCUGGACUUACGGUGUUAUGAUCACUUUAACUUUUAUGAAAUAGUUUGAUCAAAAAGCACUGUUGUAUCAUCCUUUCUACACUUUGAAUCUUUACUGAAUAAAUACUCACUGAGAAACUG